CACACUUAUAAAAGGAGUGUCUCUUUGCUUAGCUUUCAUAAAUUCCGAACCAAUUGCAACUUUAUAUAAGACUUUUAUCAAACAAUUGUUGUGCACUCUAAAAACUAUUCAUUAUUGCAUAGAUAAUUGAAAUUCCGCAACACCAAUCAAAGAAAACAAUGGCGCAUAAUUCAGUUGAAAAUUUAAACCGCUAUAACCACAUUGUCUAUGGACUUCAGGAACAAGUUCAUAAGCUUGAGAAGCAAAUAAAGGAAGUUGAACAGUUUUACCAAUCCACUGCUGAUGCUUUACAGAAUGGUUUCCAAAGCAAAGACGAGAAGCCUCCUAAGAUGCCGCUGAAACGUGCUUCAGAAGAAAUGCAAAACGAGGUCAUGCGUCAUUUUUCCAAAAUAUUGACUGAGAUAACUCAGCACAAAUGGGUGUGGCCGUUUUUGGAACCUGUAGAUGUUAAAGGUCUUGGACUGCAUGACUAUUAUCAGGUCAUUAAAAAGCCUAUGGACUUCAGUACUAUAAGAAGAAAAAUUAAGGCUAAGGAUCACUCACGUUAUAAGAAUGUGCGUGAGAUCUAUGAAGAUGUAAGGUUGAUUUUUAUGAAUGCCAUGACAUACAAUAAUGAAAAGGAUGACAUCUAUGUCAUGGCUAAGACCUUGCUGGAAAAAUUCGAAAAGAAAUGGCUAAAUCUUUUGCCUAAAGUGGAUAAGGCGGAGAGUGAGCUAUCAAAGGAAGAAGCGGAUGAACAAUUGAAUAAAAAGCUUGCUCAAGAAGCCACUUAUGCCAACAGGGCCACGGGAUUAAGCGCCGAGCUGUCUAAGGUUGAGACGGCUUUGAGGAAUCUCAAAUCAACAUUGAUUUCACAGUGCAGGAAACUGUCUGGUCCGGAGAAAAUAAUACUCGUGAAUGGUUUCGCUCAAUUGUCCGAGGAUAACCUCACAAAGGCACUCCAAAUAAUCAUUGAGAAUGAUCCGAAUUUCAAACCUACCGAUGAAAUUCCGAUCCUUGACAUUGAGGCGCAGAGCGACUACACACUGUGGAGAUUGUAUAUGCUUGUGAAACAGACACUAGAUGAAGGAAAAAACUUGAUUAGUCACGAAGACAGCAUGGAGGAAAAUAAACACAAUGCCAAAAGGAGGAAAAUUGAGUAAUUCUCUUGCCAAAGGCAUGUAAUAAGGAACAAAAAAAACUAUAUACUUUGUGAUACAGAUAUACAACAAAUAAUGUAGUGUUUUAGUUUUGAUUGAACUGUAGUGCAUAAAGACACCACUAACCUCUUACUGUUUGACAAUUUUUGGAACAUAUUGAUCUGUGAUCUGCAUUCUUAAAUAAAA